UUGCUCCAAAUAAAAAAAAAUCCAUUCAUCUGUGUAGCCAUAAUGUGUGUGUGUGUGUGUGUGUGUGAUCGAUUGAAUGGCCAUAAAGAAUUUCGAUUCAAUUGAGCAAGAAUUUGAAAAAUUUUUCAUUGUAAUGAUGGAAAAAAAUGAAAUUUCUCUUCAUAAUAUAAUAUUGUUGUUGUUCAUGGGAAUUUUUCUAUUUUCUAACUUUAUUAUCUGUCACAAAUGCAUAUGCAUGGAAAAAAUUAUCUUCACUUCCUACAAAAUAAAUUCCAAUAACUAUUGUUGAAGAAAAAGGAUCAUGUUACGUUUGUUAAAAAUAAUUCCACGAUUCUUUCAUCGUACUUUAUGUCGUUUCAUUUCAAUUUUGAAUGGAAAUUUAAAAUUUCAUCAUUAUCAUCAUCAAAAUGAUCAUCAUUUUAUUCUAGUCAUCAUUAUCGUCAUAUUGUUUAUAUGUUUUUUAUCGACAGCAAUCUAUUUUCAAAUUAUUGCACAUUUUAAAUCAAAAUUAUCGAAUGUGAAAAAUGAAGAAUCAAAUGGCAAUGAUAAUAUCAUAUCAUCUAGGUCAAAUACCGACAAAAAUGGCAUUCAUAUUAUCGUUGGUCAAUAUAUGGGCAAAGGUUUUCCAUGGAUCAAUCAAAUCAACCUGACAGAUGAUUUAUUAAAUGUUAACAAUUAUUCACCAUUACCAAAUUAUGGCGAAAAUGGAUCUCCCGUAUAUGUGCCAAAAAUGGACCAUACACAAGCCAAACGUUUAUUCGCUAUUAAUCAAUUCAAUAUUGUUGCUAGCGAUAUGAUUUCUGUGAAUCGUUCACUGCCAGACAUUCGAAAACAGACAUGUCGUGUGAAAAAAUAUCCAGAUAAUUUACCAGAUACCAGUAUAAUCAUUGUUUUUCACAAUGAAGCUUGGUCAACAUUGGCUCGAACUGUACACAGUGUCAUUCUACGUUCUCCACAUCGAUUAAUCAACGAAAUAAUAUUGGUCGAUGAUGCCAGUCAAAGAAAGUUUCUUGGUCAAGAACUUGAUGAAUAUAUGAAUAAACUAUCGAAGGAAAUAAAAAUUCAAAUCAGAAUUCUUCGUUCCACAAAUCGAAUUGGUCUAAUACGUGCGAGAAUAAUGGGAGCAAAUUUUGCCAAAGGACAAGUACUUACCUUUUUAGAUGCACAUUGCGAAACAACCAAUGGAUGGCUUGAACCAUUAUUACAUCGAAUAUUGAUUGAUGGAAAAGUGGCCAUUUGUCCAGUGAUCGAUAUAAUCAAUGAUCAAAAUUUUGCUUAUGUACGAAGUUUUGAAGCUCAUUGGGGUGCAAUGAACUGGGCACUCAAUUUCCGUUGGUUUUCGGUGGGCCAUGCCGAAUUGAAACGAAUGCAUAAAAAGAAUUUUGAUUCGACUAAAUCAUUUCGUACACCUAUAAUGGCCGGUGGCCUGUUUUCUAUACGACGAGAUUAUUUCUUCGAAUUGGGUACCUAUGAUUCUCAUCUACAAGUUUGGGGUGGCGAAAAUAUUGAAAUGUCUUUACGUAUUUGGCAAUGUGGUGGAAAAGUGGAAAUUGCUCCUUGUUCACAUGUUGGCCAUGUUUUUCGAAGUUCAUCACCAUAUUCGUUCGGAAAGAAACAAGUCGGCGAUGUACUAUAUGGUAAUCUGAUUCGAGUGGCUGAAGUUUGGCUGGAUGAUUGGAAAAAUUUUUUUUAUAAAGUAAAUCCCACUGCUAAACAAAUACUUCAUCAUGAUCGGAAUGAUAUUCUAAAAGAUAUAGAGAAAAGAAUCGAUCUUCGUAGGAAACUUAAUUGCCAUUCAUUUGAAUGGUUUUUAGAAAAUGUUUGGCCGGAGAAUUUUUUUCCAAAUACAAACACCACUUUUGGACAUAUUCAAAGUUUAUAUAGCAAAGAAUGUAUGCAAAGACCAUCGAAUGGAGUGCAUCCAAUCGGAAAAGUCAUCAUGGCCAAAUGUUCAAUAGAAAUUUAUGGUCCACAAAGUUUUAUUAUUCCAUUAACAGGUGAAACAGGAUAUAUUAAAUCAGAUGAAUCUGUUUGUAUUGAUGCAAAUUCUAAGAAAACAAACGCUUCAAUUUUAUUAAUUGGUUGCAAUCAAUUAGAACGACAAAAAUGGCGAUAUGAUUCAAAAUUUAAGCAAAUAAUCCACAUUAAAAGUUCAUUAUGCAUUACGAUUGAUCGAAGAAAAACGACACUUUCAUUGGCGAAAUGUUUAUCAAAUAAUAAUAAAAGACAAGCAUGGAAAAUAAUAUCACAAAAUUGGAAUAAUGAUUAAAUUUAAUUGCUUGAAAAUAUUCGUUUUGUUUUCUUACAUCAUAUAUUGUGAUAAUUUUAUAUUGAAAAUAAAUCAUUUUUUUCGAUUUUGA